AGAAGGUGAAUUUUUGUUUUGUUUUUUGAUUUGAGCUUUGUCGUCGUUAAUGGCGACUGGUUGGGUGAAAUCAUGGCAAUGUAAGUCAAGAGCUUUAGACGACGUCGUUAACAAUCACCACCAUCAAUAUCACAUCUUACCCAACUCAGCUAGUUGCAAAAAUGGAGUCAAAAGCCUCAAAGAUGUAGUGGAAAACACCAAAAAUGGAAAACCCAGAAAGAAAAAACCGUCGCGGCAGCCGGAGCAGCAGUUAACGAAACGACCCGGACCCGGUUCGAGAGGAGGAUCCGAACCCGGUUUGAAUAGGGAGAAAUCUCGAGCGAGUACCUCCACGAGACUAUCACGUGCGGCGACGACGGAUUCGUUCUUCCCGGCGUUAACUGAGUUACCGGAAGGUCACCCAUCGCGAAAUGUAGUCGGGAUAAUUUUUCAGACGAGUUGGUCUCCGAAGGUUUUUUCGGGUCGGGUUGAAAUGGUUUUCAAAGUUCAGAAUCUGCCCCGGACUGUGACCCGGUUUGAGGAGUAUAGAGAGGUUGUGAAGUCUAGAGCCGGAAACGGCGGUGAAUCGGCGGCGGAAAAGGGUGGCGAGGACCAUGCACGUUGCGUUGCGGAUGGGAAUGAGGUGAUGAGGUUUUACUGCCUGGGACCCACUAACGGCGGCGCGUACGAAACUGGAAACAGCGCGUGGACGUUUUCAGCGGGGAAAGGAGCGGCGCUGUGUACGUAUUCCGGCAGCGGCGCGGCCCAUGAGAAUGCCGGCGGAGGGAGAGGGAGACGGGCUAUGCUGGUUUGUCGGGUCAUUGCGGGUCGGGUCUGUAAACAACUCGGAUUCGAUUCGUUGAUUGAAGGCCGAGUUGGAUAUGACUCCGUUAGUGGAGAUAACGGCGAGUUAUUAGUAUUUGAUUCACGUGCCGUUUUACCAUGUUUUCUUAUUAUCUAUAAAUUGUAAAAAAAAAAAAUUAAA